GUUUAAGUUGCAUGUGUAAAUUAAUUUGCAUUUUGAACAAGAACUCUACGAGGCGAAGUGUUGGGAAGUUAACAAGGAAUUACGUAAUGAGGGUUGUUACCCCAAGCGUCGUGCACCAGGAUGCGCAACUCGUAUAGAAGAUCAAUACAAGCACGCAUCUCUGUCCGGGCUGUGCAUGUGCUAGUCGGUAUGAAACGGUGUCUCGUGUAGUUCACGUGGAAACCAUCCUCGUGACCACGCGUCUUUCGGUGGCUAAGGACAUGUGGUGCAAUGACGCCACCACCGACCGCCGUGGACGAAUUAGAAUCGGCGGGGUCCUGGUUGGAAGAAAAUCAGGAUUUAUUGGAAACAUGGCUUCGAGAGCAUGCCUCCGCUGAGCUCUUACAGCGCGUCCAGCAGGCGGUAACACCAAACGUAUCGUCUACAAGAAGAACCUCGAUAACGUCGGAUCUUUUCCAACUUUGGUUGGCCGCUUCACCGGCGAAGAGCGAUCACCAGCCCCAACAUGUCCGUCCAAGGCGCAACCUUGAUUCCCUGGACGAUAGCGAGAUUUUUAUGGAACUCAUCCGUGAUGUUGCCAAUGAGCUUGACAUUGACGUCUUGUGCCAUAAAAUCUUUGUUAACGUUUGCUUACUCACCAACGCCGAUCGCGGAUCCUUAUUUUUGGCUAAAGGCCCAACAAACGAUCGGUACCUUGACGCGAAACUUUUCGACGUGCGGCAUGACACCACCUACGAGGAAGCCAUCAACCAACUCCGUUCCGAAGAGUACCGCAUUCCGUUUGGGGUUGGCAUCGCGGGAACGGUUGCCCAAACAAAGACCCUCAUCAAUAUUAAGGACGCGUAUAAUGACCCCAGAUUCAAUAGUGAGAUAGACUUCAAAACAGGCUACAGGACCAAACUGAUAUUAUGUAUGCCUAUAUGCAACUACGAGGGUGACGUGAUCGGAGUGGCCCAAAUUAUUAACAAAACGGACGAUUCCGAGGAGUUCUCCGCUCACGACGUUGACGUCUUCGAAAGGUACCUCACGUUCUGCGGAAUCGGUAUACAAAACGCGCAAUUAUUCGAAAUAUCUGUUUUGGAGUACCGUCGGAAUCAGAUUUUGCUAAAUUUAGCGCGCAGCAUCUUCGAGGAGCAGAACAACUUGGAAUGUCUGGUGACGAAAAUAAUGAAGGAGGCCCAAGAUUUACUCAAAUGUGAUAGGUGUGCCGUCUACUUACUCGAUUUGAACUGCUGUGAAGCUAGCCACUUGGAGAGGAUACUCGAACGUCCCGAUCGGUUACUUGCCAUUGAAGAUGGGAGUGCGAAUAAGAUUAACGGAAACGCAAUUACCGACAGCAAUCAAAAUUCGGAAACGGACACGUUCUGCGCCUUCCAAACGGUGUUCGAGCUGCGAGCAGCUGGCGCCCAGAGUUUGGUUUCGAGACCCUCAUCCUUCGACCUGAAGACGUCGACGCUGGCCCAAAUCGCCAGCUACACGGCUUUUACUGGACGAAUUUUAAACAUUCCGGACGUCGACGCCUGGCUAAAGGAGAACAAGAACAACGGAGACGCCGAAUCGGCCAAGACGAUCCUCUGCAUGCCGAUCGUUAACGGCAAAAAGGAUAUAAUCGGUGUCGCCCAGUUGAUUAAUAAGGCGAACGGCGUCCCAUUCACCGAAUGCGACAUUUCGCUCUUUGAGGCGUUCGCGAUUUUCUGCGGACUCGGAAUACAUAACACCCAAAUGUACGAAAGUGCCUGCAAGCUGAUGGCGAAGCAAAAGGUUGCGUUAGAGUGCCUAUCGUACCACGCGACCGCCAGUAAUGAGACGACCGAGAAAUUGGCGCAGGAGGAAAUUCCGUCGGCCGAAGUUUACAAUCUGCACAAUUUUACCUUUAUCGAUUUCGAGCUAAGCGACGAUGAAACCUGUAAAGCUUGCGUUAGAAUGUUUUUAGAGUGUAAUUUGGUACAGCAGUUUCACAUUCCCUACGAGGUCCUUUGUCGGUGGAUUUUGAGCGUAAAGAAAAACUACCGUCCAGUAAAGUACCACAACUGGAGGCACGCGCUAAACGUCGCGCAGACAAUGUUCGCCAUGUUCAAAACUGGAAAGAUGGAACGUUUCAUGAGCGACUUGGAGAUUUUAGGUAUGCUGGUCGCCUGCCUCUGCCACGACCUCGACCACAGGGGCACGAAUAACGCGUUCCAAACGAAAACCGAAUCGCCAUUAGCAAUACUGUACUCGACUAGUACGAUGGAGCAUCACCACUUCGACCAGUGUGUCAUGAUACUCAACACUGAAAGCAAUAAUAUAUUCCAAGCUUUGUCACCUGAUGACUACAGGACGGUGAUGGGAGUCGUCGAGGCGGCGAUCCUGUCGACCGACCUGGCGAUGUAUUUUAAAAAGCGUAAUAAAUUUUUGGAACUUGUCGAGAAUGGCGAGUUCGACUGGCAGAGUAAGGACAAGAAAGAAUUGCUCUGUGGUAUGAUGAUGACGGCCUGUGAUGUCAGCGCAAUUGCAAAACCAUGGGACGUACAGCAUCGCGUUGCGAAGUUAGUCGCGGACGAGUUCUUCGACCAAGGCGACAUGGAGAAGCUUCAGCUGAAGGAGCAGCCUGUGGCAAUGAUGGAUCGGGAACGUAAAGACGAGUUGCCUCGAAUGCAAGUCGGUUUUAUAGACGUUAUUUGUUUACCGUUGUACAGGGUGUUAUCGGAAACGUUUCCGUGGAUGAAACCGUUAUACACCCAGACGGUGGAGAAUAGACAGCACUGGCAGGAUCUUGCUGAGAAGGUGGAAAUGGGCCUUACGUGGAUUGAUCACGACACUAUUGAUAAACCAGUAGAAGCUAUUACAGACAUUUUUAAAUCUGAAAUGGGAAACCCGUGGAUGUAGCGCGUUUAAAAUGCUACUCGUUUCGCUAAAUCAUACAAAAUUUCCAAGUGCGAUUGAUCUCUGUUUGAAAUGGUAUCGACAGAUAAAGAGCGGAAUCAAAAAAUUGGAAGCAAACCUCUAAUGGAAAAGGAAAUAGAAAUUAAACGAGAAACUGAAACACAUAAAUCUGAAAAUGGAACGAUAGACGAUAAGGUUCUCGAUUGCCGACAUCCAUAAAUCCCAUCCCGAGGGAAUUAAAAAUAAACAAAAUUGUGAAGGAAGAUUAAAAUUGGGGUGAAGACUAAGCAAAGAAGAGGCCGAAUAAAUUUCAUGAAAAUGCCAGGUCGAUAUGCGAAUUUGAAGUAUGGAGAGGACAAGUUAGUUUUAAAGUGAAAGGUUUAAUUUCAAGUAAAAUUCAUAGUCACUCGCUGUGUGUCGCUAAUUGUUAAAAUCAGCGAAAUUAUCCCCUUUUAGAUGGCUGUACGUUUAAAUGCACCACGCUAAAUAGGGGUUGUACCCUAUUUAAUAUUUACUCGUGUCAUGAAUACCUAAUUCAUGGAACUUUAACCUAUAAAGUUCCAUUUUGUCUGGUGAUUGUCAAAUACGAAAGCAUUUCGUAAAUCCCUUUUUUCAGGUUUUCUUCUUUUGGGGGGUGUCAUCUCAACAAUGUGUUUUCAGAGGCAUGAAAAUGAACUAUCGUUUUGAAUUUAACGACUUACCAUUUUCGGAAAAUUCGAAUUUGUAAAAUCACGAAUGGAAACUGGUUCAAGUACAAUCAGGUACAUUAGUAGAUUGGGGAUUUAUUUAAAAAUGUUCUGAUGCUGACAUAAAAUGGUACGCGAUGGUCCGCGAAAAUCCCACUUAGAAUUAAUUUUCAACGAUAGAAAAAUUCACGCAGAAAACAGUGCACGUGAUCGCUUGUCGAAUAAAAUACCGAAACGGACCUUCUUCUCUGAACGCAACGACCACACUCUUUUAAAUGAAUUGAGUUGCAUACCUUUCAAUCAUGUCCUUUAUAAGUGACCUUAGUCAAGAAAUAAUCCGCCGAUUUAGAAGAACUCAGAACUACCUUAGCUCGGACAUAAACCUGUAAAGAUUAUUACGGUUCAGAACCGUUUGACGAGACAAACUCUAGUCCAGAACCUUACUAGCAUUUGGCGCAGUUUUAAACCCAGUUUUGAUUUAUAAUCGGCCCUAUAUAACGCAGUCUUUUUUAUAAACCAUGAUUCAGAACCGUUUCUAGCAAAGAUUCGAACCCACGCAGCAGAGUUUCAAAUCUACUCACUUUUCUAGUAACUUUCAAAUCUAGUGACCUUUGAAUCGGAUAGCAGUGUUUCAACCCUAGUUGCUUUUCUAGGAACUUUUGACAUGACUCUUUGCGGCCAUAUAUUACUGUGACCCUAGCAGAGUUUCAAACUUGGUUAAUUUUCUAGUAAUUUUUUCGCAUCUAGUGACUUUUUUAGGGACAUUUUGAGCUAGAAUCGGUCCUAUAUUACUACUAAUGUCGCCACAUUAAAAAUCGGCUAUAGAAAAAAUGUUUUUAGAGAAAUAUCUAAUAAAGAGAACUCAAAACGGCAUUUUUAGUGCAUUUUCCAAAAGGAAAAUGAACGCUCUAUUGCCCGCACU